CUGCAGGGAUACUUUGUGGAAUUUGGUUUUACUAAUAAUAAAAAAGUAAAUGCAGUUCAAUAUUUUUUUCUCCAAGGAGUGUUGCCUGAUCCUCUAGCUCAACACUGCUCACGCCUCUUCUUGUCACACACUGUUCUGGCUUAAAACAGGAAUUACAUCACACCUUCCAAUCCUCCAGCUUCCUCACUUGAUGUGUGUCUUUGUCUUCACCGUGUCAUUAAUUGUCUAAUGUGCUGCUGUUCUUCUCACUUUCUGCUAAAUUUAAAGGUGGUGAGCCGCAGUCCUCUACGAGGAUUUACUCUGACUCUGAAGCUGUCGCACGAGACUCUCUGAGAGACUCCUUCCUCACCGCGGUAACGACUCUUGGUUCAUCUGGCCUUCCCUGGUUUUGGGAGCAGAACUCCUUCUCACCUCCUCUUAUCAAAGAUGACUCCAAGCAUGUGACCACGACACUCGGCCGGUGCCAUUUGACCUGCUGUUAUGGAUCCAAGAGUCAGCACACUUUGAAUCAACACUCAUCCAGUCACAAUGGUCCCACUUCUGUUCCUGGUGGCAACCACAACAACAUCCAAUUCCACCAGUAAUGGCAACAACACAAAGGAAGACGUUACGUCCUCCAACCAACACAUUCUCCCCACAGUGCUGGUCGUGUCCCUGCUGCUUCUCAUCAUUGGACUGCUAGCCUGGUACUGCCUCAGGUUAAAGAACCAGAAAAAGCCAGUGGUCACAGCAGUUGACAAGAAGGUACCAAAUGGCAUCCUGGAGGAACAAGAGUUGGGAUACAGUACUGAGUCCUUAUACAUCACUGUGCCCCCAGAGCAACAAACUGUGGUCCUUCUACCCAGAACCCCUUCCGCCAACAAAACCUUUUUCCCCAUCCCUGUGGAACACCUGGAAGAUGAGUACAGGCUCCGCUCCGCCGAUGACGGCAAACUCUUCAGGGAGGAGUACAAUUCUUUGCCCGGAGGUAAUCCGUACGGAACGUACGAGGAGGCCAAUAAAGACAGCAACAAGGAGAAGAACCGAUACCCCAACAUCCUUCCCUAUGAUCAUUCCAGAGUGGUGUUGACUCAGCUGGACAGAAACCCCUGUUCAGACUAUGUGAAUGCCUCAUACAUCGAUGGUUACACGGAAAAGAACAAAUUCAUUGCAGCGCAAGGUCCUAAGGAAGACACCGUGGCAGACUUUUGGAGAAUGAUUUGGGAGCAGAAGGUGUCAACGGUUGUCAUGCUGACAAAUGUAAAAGAAAGAAAAGAAGACAAGUGCUGCCAGUACUGGCCGGAUCAAGGCUGUUGGACGUACGGGAAUGUCAGGGUGGCAGUAGACGACUUCACAGUCCUGGUCGACUACACCAUACGCAAGUUUUGUGUACAAUAUCAAGCCACCGACGUGGCCAAGACUCCUCGGCUGGUGACCCAGCUCCACUUCACCAGCUGGCCUGAUUUUGGAGUUCCGUUCUCCCCCAUUGGAAUGCUCAAGUUCCUUAAGAAGGUCAAAACGGUGAAUCCAACUUUUGCUGGGCCUAUUGUGGUUCACUGCAGCGCUGGUGUUGGCAGAACAGGAACCUUCAUUGUCAUAGACGCCAUGAUCGACAUGAUGCACGUGGAGAAAAAGGUCGAUGUGUUUGGGUUCGUUUCCAAAAUACGGGAACAACGCUCACAGCUCAUCCAGACAGAUAUGCAGUAUUCGUUCAUCUACCAGGCCCUGCUUGAAUACUACCUCUAUGGAGACACGGAGCUGGAUGUGUCCUCGCUAGAAGGACAUCUGCACAAACUACACAACACCUUCGCAAACGGUGACCGGGUCGGACUGGAGGAGGAGUUUAAGAAACUGACAAACAUGCGCAUAAUGAAGGAGAACAUGAGAACAGGGAACCUUCCUGCCAACAUGAAGAAGAACAGAGUUCUGCAAAUAAUCCCGUACGACUUCAACAGAGUUAUUCUCUCCAUGAGAAGAGGUCAAGAGUUCACGGAUUACGUAAACGCCUCCUUCAUAGAUGGCUACAGACAGAAGGACUACUUUAUUGCCACACAGGGCCCACUGCCUCACACGGUGGAAGACUUCUGGAGAAUGGUGUGGGAAUGGAAAUGCCAUUCCAUUGUAAUGCUCACAGAGCUCCAGGAGAGGGAGCAGGACAAGUGCUGCCAGUACUGGCCCACGGAGGACUCUGUCACCUAUGGAGAUUACACAGUGGAGCUGAAGGGAGACACUCUGUGUGACACCUUCAGUCUACGGGACUUGGUACUCACCUUUGUACCGGAAAAGCAGACGAGAGUCAUCAGGCACUUCCACUUCCACGGCUGGCCUGAGAUCGGGAUCCCGGCCGAGGGGAAGGGCAUGAUUGACAUCAUCGCCGCCGUUCAGAGGCAGCAGCAGCAGUCUGGGAACCAUCCAAUCGUUGUUCACUGCAGUGCUGGUGCAGGGCGCACAGGUACAUUCAUUGCACUGAGCAAUAUCUUAGAGCGGGUCAAGGCCGAAGGCCUGCUGGACGUGUUCCAAACUGUGAAGAGUUUACGCAUGCAGAGGCCUCACAUGGUUCAGACUGUGGAACAGUAUGACUUCUGCUACAGGGUGGUACAGGACUUUGUUGACAUUUUCUCAGACUAUGCCAAUUUCAAAUGAGGAGAUUUGCCUUAAAACAUAUUUGUAAUGUUGUUUUUUUUCUAAAGCUGGUAUUGUGUUUUCUUUAACUCUGCCAAAUGAUCUUCUAUUUUGCUAUGCACUUGUUCCUCAAAUUAACUCUGACUCCUUCGUCAUCUCUGUAAUAUAGUGUAUGUCAGUGACUGAGAAUUGUACAUGAAAAGAGGUUGGAUUAAUAAUGUAUAGUUCACAUCAUGUGUAUGAUAUUCGUCAUGAAGUCAUGGUCAUGGUUUUCUUUUCAGUUUGGUUGUAUUAUAGUGUACUUUAAGUGUUAUUUUAAAUUGACUGUGUAAAAGUUUUAAAAGAGAGUUGUAGUUAUUGUAAAUGUAUUUAUGUAUUGACAGUGUCAUUCCAGUCUUUUGUGUUUGGAGAACGGCCUCUGAGUUGUUUUCACCGUGUUUAAAGACACCCGUCUAUUUCUAAACGGCAUUAAGUGAUAGCAUAGCUAUUUUUAUUGCCCCUGCGCUACAGCAGUGAUUCCCAACCACUGUGGAAAAUGAUCCAGUUUCACUUAAUUAGUCGGACAAAUAUUAUUUAUUUACUGCGAAUGAAUUGUCUUUGUUUGUCUCUGCGGCAGUGACAGACAGGAAAAUGACACACUCUUCCUCUAGAUGGCUGCAGAUAGCUAUAAAAACCUUUAAAAAAAAUGAGCGCAACUCAAGAGCCUCGUGAGAGUCUUUCCUCAAUUCCUGUGAGCACAUCAGCGUUCUGUUUAACUACCCAGGUUUCGAGAGAAUUAUUAUAUUUUAUUAUAUUUUCCUCUUGUGAUAUUUUUGUGCGGAGGUUGGAGUAACCGUUACCGUCGUGAUUGUGAUACUUCUCUGAUGGAAACAAUAGGCCAUAAUUCAGCAAACAAAUGUAUGCAAAAACAGGCUGAGGUGACAAUGUUGGAGUCGGUUUCCAUUGCAGACUAAGCUAAAUCUGUCAUGGGGUCACACAAGUCCAUUAACCUGGUUUUUGUACCUGACAUUGUGGUGUUCCGCUGCAGUGACAGUACGUAACGUCGACGUAACGUUACAACACUCUGCCUUUUGUCUGUGCAAAAAGUAUUUUGCUAAAACGGCACACGCACACCGUAAAGCACAUGGAGAAGCCUUUCACCAAGAACAUAAAGUGUGGACUGUUUUUAUGGUGUCAUAGAUGAGACAGAAAUGUCCCUCCACAUGGGGAAUCUGAGACACUUUAAAUUGACAGGAACUGCAGUAUGCCGUCAUGGAGCCUAAUAACACAGUACAACCUGAACUCACACUGUUUUAAAUACUAUUGUUAACCCGUGGGCUCAGCAGUGGUUCAUGGAACCCAAGAUGAAACAGCUUCGUCUGCCUUGCUCCAGAGGAAUUACGUCACAUCCGUCUGGUACUUGUACGGAUGAUACACCCAACUUUUUGGACAAAACAACAGAGUUCCGCGUCGUACCUUAGCCAAACGUGUCCUGCUUUUAAUACUUCUGAAUCAAACCUACAUAGAGUGCUAAGCAUUUAAAGAACUGUCAAGUGCUCGGGUUCUCUGUGCUCACUGUGUGUGGACGUGUUGACGCUGCAGCACAAGAAGACUGCUUUUACUCUUGUCUUUUUAAAACCACAAAGAAAGUCUGUGCAGAUGGACCCUUCUUGCCUUUGCUCUGUCUCUCUCUUUUAUCCCUGGGUGUUUCUUCACUUUUUUGAAUUUUCUUUGUCUUCAAGGUACACCUGCAGUAUUAAAUUCCUUAAAAAAAG